CUCCGGCACCGCGCCGGGUCCCGCACCACCACCGCACCCGCACCGUCUCCGGCACCGGCACCGCUCCAACCCCUUCCGGCUCCGGCACCGGCACCGCUCCGGCGCUGGUACCCCUCCAGACCCUCUCCGACACCGGCACCGCUUCCCCUCCAGCACCGGCAGCGGCACCGCUCCCCACCCUCCUCCGGCACCGCUUCUGCUCCAGCACCGGCAGCGGCCCCGCUCCCACCCCGUCCCCGGUGCGGCCCCGCGGCGCCCGGAGCGCCGCCCCUGCUCUUCCCCGGGACCCGGCGUGGCGGCGGCAGGAAGGAGGAAGGAGGGAGAGCGACCUGCUCGGCGGCCGGGCUCUGCCAUCCCUCGCAGCACAAGGUAAAAUGAACAAGAUGAAAAACUUCAAGCGGAGGUUUUCACUCUCAGUUCCUCGGACGGAGACCAUCGAGGAGUCACUGACGGAGUUCACAGAGCAGUUCAACCAGCUCAACAACCGGAGGAAUGAAGACCUGGCUCAAGGGCACCUGCAGCUGGGACACCUUGGCAGGGAUUUCCGAGCAGACACCAGCCCCAUCUCCCCCUCUGAGGUGGAAGGCCAGUCCCCGAUGGCCGUGCGCUACCGCAACAACAACCAGCGCCGCUUCUCCAUGGAGGAUGUCAGCAAGCGUCUCUCCCUGCCCAUGGACAUCCGCCUGCCCCCCGAGUUCUUGCAGAAGCUGCAGAUGGAGAGCCCGGAGUUCCCCAAGCCCCUCAGCAGGAUGUCCCGACGGGCUUCCCUCUCAGAUAUUGGGUUUGGGAAGCUGGAAACCUAUGUUAAACUGGACAAACUGGGAGAGGGCACUUAUGCCACUGUCUUCAAGGGACGCAGCAAGCUGACUGAAAACCUCGUUGCCCUGAAGGAAAUCCGCCUGGAGCACGAGGAAGGGGCACCUUGCACGGCCAUACGGGAAGUGUCACUGCUGAAGAACCUGAAACACGCCAACAUCGUGACCCUGCACGACAUCAUCCACACGGAGCGCUCCCUCACCCUCGUCUUCGAGUACCUGGACAACGACCUCAAACAGUACCUCGAUAACUGUGGGAACCUGAUGAGCGUGCACAACGUGAAGAUCUUCAUGUUCCAGCUGCUGCGUGGUCUGGCUUACUGUCACGGGAGGAAGAUCCUGCACCGAGACCUCAAACCCCAGAACCUGCUCAUCAACGAGAGAGGAGAGCUCAAGCUGGCUGACUUCGGAUUAGCCAGAGCCAAGUCAGUCCCUACGAAAACGUAUUCCAAUGAGGUGGUCACGCUGUGGUACCGGCCCCCCGACGUCCUGCUGGGAUCUACUGAAUAUUCCACACCCAUCGACAUGUGGGGUGUUGGGUGCAUCCACUACGAGAUGGUCACCGGACGGCCCAUGUUCCCCGGCUCCACCGUGAAAGAAGAGCUGCAUUUGAUCUUCAGGCUGCUGGGAACCCCAACAGAAGACACCUGGCCUGGAAUAACAUCCAACGAGGAGUUUAAGGCUUACAAUUUCACGCAGUACCGAGCCCAGCCGUUAAUAAAUCACGCCCCAAGGCUGGACUCAGAAGGCAUUGACUUGCUGAUGAACCUUCUUCUGUAUGAAGCCAAAGGCCGGAUUUCGGCGGAGGCAGCCCUGCGGCAUGCUUACUUCAAGAGCCUGGGAGAGCGGGUGCACCUCCUGCCUGACAAUGUCUCCAUCUUCUCCCUGAAGGAGAUCCAGCUUCAAAAGGACCCUGGCUACCGAGGCUCAGCCUUUCAGCAGUCAGCCCGAGGGAAGAACAGGAGGCAGAGUAUAUUUUAAACUUGGAUCUUGUGUUCCCCUUGUCACCAUGGAGAUCAAAGCACUGAAAAAGGAGACGGCAACACACUCCCACCUGACCCACCGCAGAAUUACUGACUCGAGCAGGACGAUGCUGAAGCACCCUUGGCCACAGGCUCUCCCCUGCCCGUCCCCACACCCACAGCCCCUAGCAGCUGCUGUUGAUGGACCUGUGGCCUUUUUCCCCUCUUGUUUUCACGUUGCCCCCAUCAGACGUGAGCUGCCACCCUCGGUGCAGGUGCUCUAGUGAGGAGCUGCCCUGGGCAUUGCCCCGAGCGCAGGAUUGUGUGCUGCCCCAUGGAACCGCUCACUGCCCUCGAGGGGUGAGCCGGGCACGGGGAGGUUUUGUGAGCAGAGAGUGGGAUCUCCAAAGCUGGGCUGUGGAUCGUAGCGUUUGGCCCAGGCAGACAUUUCUGAAAACGUACCUUUGCUCAGACAACCUGCUCUGCACCCCCUAUUUCUUGGGGAGACACUUUGCGGCUACAUUACGAGUCGGGGGCACGACCCAGCCUGGCACUGGAGAGAGUGCACCUGAAGCACAAAAACCAGGGCAGCCCUCCCUGAUUUGCCCUUGCCUCUGCCUACGUAACCCCUUUUUCUCUCCCCAUCUUUGGUACCCGAAUCCUGACAAGGAUGGAGCAGCUGGGAGGAGGCUGCUUCCCAUUGCUUCCCCCAGCAUCUCCCCCUCCUUGCCACCAUUGUGUUUCCCAAUUCAGUCAGCUGGCUGCUCCCCAGGGAUGUCCUGAGCUGAGAGCAAGGGCUGGCUGAGCCCACCCAGGGUGCAGGUACCUGCUGGUAGGGCUGUGCAGAAGCGGGGACAGACGAGCAGUGGCUCCGUGCUGCCUCCCAUUGCUGCGCCGAGCCCUUCGGCCAGCCUUUCCCAGGCACCGAUGGAGCAGCCCCUUUCUCAUCACCGAGCCUGCCACCCCCCCAGCCCGUGACCCUCUCUGCCAUCAUCACAAGGGGCAGGACGCGGUUCCCAGCUGGCAUCUCAGGAGCACAUCUCCCCCCACGUCCCGUCAGUGAGCCCCGUGCGACGUGGCAGAGCCCGAGCCGCGCAGCCUCUCCGUACCAAAGUGUUGCAGACACCCACCUCAGUGCAUUUCUACCCAGAGGAAGGGGGAGAGGUGCCAAACCUCCCACAGCUCAGCUGUGGGGACCAGAAAUAGACCCGGAGAGAAGCAAAUCAUCCCUCAAACCUCUUCGCCUGGCCUCUAUGUUUCUAGCCAAUGCCAGAUCGUACCAGCCCUGACUCAGAUCGAUGCUGUGGGACUGAGGUGCGUGCUUAGAUCUGAGCAUGCUUUGCUGGCCGAGGACUGCUCCUGGUGCAUUUUCCCCUCCGUACCCUUCAGGAACGUGCCAAACCCAUCCUGAGCGAAGAGGUCCUGCUGCACCUCUCCCCCACAGCCUGCAAACAGCCUGAAACGUCUUCAAGUGUGUGAGCGUUGCAAGAAGUCUCUCUACUGUAUAAUAUUCACAUCCUUUUCUUGGCUGUACCGGAUGACUAGUCCUCUCGCCCACCAGUCCUCCAGCCCAUGGAUGUGACCAGGAGACUCUGGACUUGGCAGGUCCUGUGACUGUCGCCUGGCACGGGGACUGGCAGGACGUGCUGAUAUCUUAACCUGUCAUGCUCCCGGCCUGGGAGGCAUUGCUCAGGGGACGGUAACUCUCCAUGCUGCUGCUUCCCCAUCGAGCAGGGAGCGAGGACUCUGUUUUCUGCUUUGCUGUGCGGCAUUUCUUCUGUGAUCCUUGGAAAAUGCAAAGCGUGAGGAUAAAUGCAGAGACCUCGGAGCUCCCCAGAGCUUCUGGGGCAACUCCUCCCUGUGCCAAUGCUCGAUGCACCCUCUGAGCUUCCCCCAUCAGACCAAAGCUGUUAAUUCGGGUUUGUCCUAGACAAGCAUCCAGACGUCUGCAUUGUUUGAGGUUUGCCCAUCCCUGCUCAGUUCCCUUCUUGGUAUGUCCAGCAUACAGCAGGCUGAAUAGUUCAUUUAUUGUUUCCAUUUGAUAGGGAAGAGCAUGAAUAGCCAUCAGCCACCAGUGACGCAUUUCACCCCGAUGUCAGGGUAGUGUUUUGCCUGGUUUCCUACACCCAGCUCCUGCUGCAUGGGGCUUUUCAGGAGGGAGGUUCACAAAGGGAGGUGUUGGCUGGAGUAAGUCUGAACUCUCACACUGUCAUCUUUUCUUUCACAAAGGCAUUUUAUACAGGAAUUUCCCUGGCAUGGCAGGGAUCUGUGGUGCACACUUGCACUUCCCAGGGCAGCCAGCUCCCAUCAGGAAUUAGCAGCUCAGCAGGCAGGCCAGCUCAGGGACGCAGUGUCUCCUGUGCCCCUGCCGCAGCACCGUCAGGUACAUGGGGCAAAGAAUGCUGGCGUGCCCAGGGGGGCAGAGCCCCCCCCUGCAGUCCUUGAGCACAGAUCGGACCGGGGGAGCAGGAACCCCCUCCACCCGCUCUUGGGAAGCCCAUUCAGGACGUGUUUGACCUGUCUUGGUGCAGUUUUCUUGCUUGGCGUUACCAUCCCCCUGCACUGAGAUUGCCUUGGGCAUAAAGCGCGCUGGGGCAUAGGGUGCCCAGCUGAGCCGUCCCGCUUUCCCGCCGGGAGGAUGGAGGCAGACCACACCAGACCACCAGAACGGGGUGGUCCCAGCUCUCCUCCUGUAAGAGAGGUAUUCCUUCUGAAGGACAAGGUCACCUACGGAAAUCGCUGGGGAGAAACGUUGGGGAAAAGACCUAGCAAUGACCGUGUAGACAGGACUGCUUUACCCAGGAUCAGAUAGCAAAGACAAAGGGCCUGGUAGCUGCUGUUUAUUCUUUCGUAGCCUUUGCCUUUCCUCCUACAAAUCCUCCCGAAAGGAGACACUUAUUUAUUAGCCCUGUGCUCUACUAACAGCCCGAAUUUAAGAUAACCCCUUUUGUUCCACCGCAUUUAGUGCAUAUUUGAUUCCUAUUCAGGAGAGCGAUAGUGUGUGUAAAUAUUUGGUGCCCCGCUGAGCAAGGUUUGAUUUACAAGCUCCCAUCGCUGCUGCACUUGCACGUGUCGGCUGGCAGAGCCCCGAGCGUCUGAUCUCCCACAGCACGCUGCCCGCCAAAGCCUUCCCGGCUGCGAAGAAAAGGAGCUGCAGGUUGGCAGCGAUUAAAGCCCGGAGCCAAAUCCCCCUUCUCCAUCUCCUGGAUAGUGUUACGGUCUCCCUGAGGACCGUGGGGUCCGGCUGGGUUUAUGAGGACAGAGAUCUCUUGGAUGCCCCAGUUUAUAGAAGCCCUGAGCAGAGCGAUGCCCCGCUCCUCCCUGCCUGCAAGGGGAGGAAAUCUGCAGCGGGGCUCCUGCUGCCGAUGGCAUCGCUCCCUGCCUGCUCCGGCAGCUCAUCCCCGGGCAGGCUUUCCCCAGCUUUUGGAGCGCCAGCCGGCUCUCAAGUUGGCUUUUUAAAGUAAAAUGCUGGGAAUGUCUGCGGCUCUCCGGCAUUUUUUUCAUUUCGUGGGUUCUCCCAUCCACCGCCUUGUGGAGUAGCUGGCCCUCCUCGCAGAUGGGGAGUUAGGACAAAAGGAAACUGUUGCUUUGUCUUCCAGACAUUUUUCUUGCAAUUUUUCUUUUUUACCAGUUCUGGUGGAAAAUGGAGUUUUGGCUGUGCCCUCAGGAAAGGCUGUAUUCUUUCGUCUCUCCAGCUGAUAGCUAGUUAAAGAAACGUAAGUAAAGUAAUGUGUAAAGCAAGGUCUGUGUUACAGGACAACAAUAAAACUUACAGGCAGAGCUAUUUAAUUUCACUCUCUCCAUACACACACGCACACGCCUUUCCUGGCCCAACCCAUUGCCAGAUCUAUGUUAAGAUUUUAAAUAACAAAACUACAUUGUAUCUUGGAGACUAAGGACAAAAUAAGUGGAUUUUUUCCUCUCCCUUACACAUGAUGGGGAAAAAAAAGUGAUUAGAAGGCCAUUUUCCCGAGCUUCUCAAAUGUUUUGUUUUGGUUUUUUUCCCAUGACUUAUCUUCAGUCAGAAAUUCGGCUAGCAUAAAACAGGAGCCAGAGCUCCCAGAGCAGGCUAGGAACAGGCAGGUGGGAAAACGUAAGAGAAAGAGUCUAACCCACUGGACUGAGUAACGUAAAAGGUUUAGUGUGUGUGUCCCAGGGCACGGGGAAGGGACCGGACCUGGGGGUGCGAGCCUGCCUGGCCUUACGUGGCCAAACUCUGCUUUCACCAGCGUAAGUCUUGCAGCCGCGCAAGCCCCGGUUUGCUCAGAGCACGGAGCCAGCGAUGGCUGAGCGGGUCCCGCAAGGGCCAUCAGGUCUUGAUCCUGAAAUACUGGAGGUUAGAAGUGACACGAUCUCGCCUGCCAAAAGCUGCGGCUCCCCGCCUGACCGUCCAGCCGUGCCGCACCGCUGUCCUGUCUCUAUGCUCGAGUCUUGUAAGAAAUGCGUUUGGAUGUCCCCUUAGCACUCCCCACUAGCCAUGCCUGGGCACAAACGCGAUGAAACCCACUUUCUGGUUUCUUCAUUGCCUUCUUUCAUCCUCAGCAUCAUGCUUGUCCUACAGCAGGAAAAAUAGAUCCAAGCGGCCAGGAUACACAUACUGUGAAUGUUCUCUGGUGUGAUUCAUUUGCAGAAUACCAAUAAUAUAUUUAACUAGUGUUGUACAAACGAAAGAUGCAUUUUAAAAGAAAUGAUUUUAAAGAUUUAUUCCAAAAGAAGCAAUGAUUUUUUUAUAGAAAGUUUUUCUGGAAUAAACGGAAAGGUACAAAAAAAAAAAAAGAAUAAAAGAUUGUAUCCAUCUAUCAGUCUUGUGUCUGAAUGUUUUAUAAGAAUAUUUCAAUUUUUGUAUUUCAGAUGUGACAUGGACUAUUUUGUGGAUGUGCUCAUUUUAUUGCUAAGGCUUAUAUUACAGUUGUAUUGUGAACGCUCCAAAGCCAAGAUUGGACAAUAAACUUUACUGAA